AUGGCUGAUUCUUUGAACAUGAACGGUCUCUCUCUAAACGAAUCCAAACACGCUCCAGGCAACCCGAUGCCCGCUCGUGCGUACAUCCCUCCUCAUCUUCGCGGCCAGAGUGCUCGUGGUCCUCCAGUGAUGGGCAUGGACGGAGCAGGUGCUGCACCUGCACCUGCAGCUGCGCCUGCGCCCAAUGCUGGAAACCAAGGGUUGAAUGGAAGUGCCUGGGCCACUAACACUCAAAGCAACGGCAGCUGGGCAGCGGCCCCUGAUUUCAAACCUGGCCCUGGCGCUCCUGGUCCCCAAGCCAACGGCUGGGGUGCUGGUCAUACUCCUCGUCCUUUCAACCCGAACGCAUACGGUGCUCCCGGUGGGGGCCAUGGCGGUAGUCAUGGGAGCGGAUACGGUGGGGGUUACGGUGGUAACACUGCUCGUGGUUCAGGAGACGGCCAAUGGAGAGACGGUCAACACAUUGCGGGACCGCCCAACCCAAAACUCGAGCGUGAACUGUUCGGCACUCCAAACGACCCGACAAAAGCUCACACUGGAAUCAACUUCGCCAACUAUGACGACAUCCCUGUUGAGGCUAGUGGCCACGAUGUCCCGGAACCUGUCAAUGCGUUCACAAACCCUCCUCUCGAUGACCACCUUCUAAGCAAUAUCAAACUUGCACGAUACACUACGCCGACGCCUGUACAGAAGUACUCUAUCCCGAUCGUCAUGGGAGGGCGAGACCUUAUGGCUUGUGCCCAGACUGGUUCUGGCAAGACUGGUGGUUUCUUGUUCCCCAUCCUGUCACAGGCCUUUCAGAAUGGUCCAUCUGCCACACCUGCAAGUGGAGGUGGUUUCCGUCAGCGCAAGGCUUUUCCAACAUCCUUGAUAUUGGCCCCGACACGUGAACUGGUCUCCCAAAUCUAUGAUGAAGCACGAAAAUUCUCCUACCGUUCAUGGGUUCGACCCUGUGUGGUUUACGGUGGUGCCGACAUUGGUACUCAACUUCGCUCUAUUGAACGAGGUUGUGACUUGCUCGUUGCUACCCCAGGGCGUCUCGUUGACCUCAUAGAGCGAGGCCGUAUCUCCCUGGCGAACAUCAAGUACUUAGUUCUUGACGAGGCCGAUCGUAUGCUCGACAUGGGUUUCGAACCGCAGAUUCGCCGUAUUGUCGAGGGUGAAGAUAUGCCUUCAGUCCAGAACCGCCAAACCCUCAUGUUCUCCGCUACUUUCCCACGCGACAUUCAGAUGUUGGCAAGGGACUUCCUCAAGGACUACGUCUUCUUGUCAGUCGGUCGAGUGGGUUCCACAUCCGAGAACAUCACCCAGAAGGUUGAAUACGUGGAAGAUCACGACAAGCGCUCUGUCUUGCUCGACAUCCUCCAUACCCACCGCAACGGUCUCACUCUCAUCUUCGUAGAGACCAAACGCAUGGCCGAUACCUUGUCCGACUUCUUGAUCAACCAGGGCUUUCCAGCUACUGCAAUCCACGGUGACCGCACUCAACGCGAGCGUGAGCGAGCUCUGGAGUUCUUUCGCAAUGGCAGAUGCCCAAUCAUGGUUGCUACAGCUGUUGCCGCACGAGGUCUCGAUAUUCCCAACGUCACUCAUGUCAUCAACUACGACCUGCCCACCGAUAUCGACGACUAUGUUCACCGAAUUGGUCGUACCGGUCGUGCUGGCAACACCGGUCUGUCGACCGCUUUCUUCAACCGCGGCAACCGUGGCAUUGUUCGUGAUCUCAUUGAGCUUCUCAAGGAAGCAAACCAGGAAGUUCCAAGCUUCUUGGAGAACAUCGCUCGUGAAAGUUCUGGUUUUGGAGGUGGUCGCGGCGGACGUGGUCGCGGUGGUGCUGGCCGUGGUGCUUCCGCCACUCGUGAUAUGCGUCGUGUGGGCGGCGGCAUGGGUGGUGGUCCUCCUUCCUACAGCGGCGGAUACGGCGGUGGCAGCUACGGCGGCAGUGGCGGCUAUGGCGGUGGGGCCUCUUAUGGCGGUGGGGCCUAUGGCGGAGGAUACGGUGGUGGCAGUGGCGGAGGAUAUGGCAAUCCGGGGGGUGCCACAGGGCCUUCAUCCUGGUGGUAA